AUGACUUCCCGAGGUACUCCGAUUGUCGUAAAAGUUGUUGCAGCUGAGUCUUUAUAUAAAAGGGAUGUUUUUCGUCAACCUGACCCUUUUGCAGUGAUAACUGUGGAUGGAUCGCAGACGAAAACUACUAAGACUGCAAAGAAAACAUUAAAUCCUUAUUGGAAUGAGUCAUUUACUUUUAAUGCUUUGGAAGAUUCGAUAUUAGUUAUUCAAGUAUUUGAUCAAAAGAAAUUCAAGAAAAAGGAUCAAGGUUUCUUGGGUGUCGUUAAUGUGCGCAUUGGUGAUGUGAUUGAUGUUUCAUUACCAAACUCGGAGGAAACUAUUACAAGAGAUUUGAAAAAGUCCAAUGAAAACUUGGCAGUUAGUGGAAAGAUUAUUGUUGUUAUUUCUCAUGACACCAGAGGAAGGGCCAGCUCUCAAGCGACUAGCGCAAACUCUACUGUGCCGGCUUCUUAUUCUAAUGGAUCAGCAGCUGGUGCAACCGGGGGUACUUCAAGUAAUAAUAAUACAACGGCAACUCAAGGGUCUAGGCAGUAUUCCUCAUUUGAAGAUCAGUAUGGUAGAUUGCCCCCAGGGUGGGAAAGAAGAACUGAUAAUUUUGGUAGGACAUAUUACGUCGACCAUAAUUCUAGGACUACUACCUGGCAGAGGCCAGCUUUAGAUCAGUCCGAGUCAGAAAGAGGACAACAGAGACAAAAUGCCACAGAAGCUGAAAGAAGGCAGCAUAGAGGAAGGACGUUACCAGGGGAAACUCCGAGCUCACCUAUUAUGGGGACCAGUGCAACUAGUGGCAACGUAACCGUCAAUUCAACGGGUGGAACUACUCCUACUAGUCCUGCUGCCGCGGUUUCGAUGGCGGCUACUGGAGCUACAACUAAUGGACUUGGUGAAUUGCCGUCAGGGUGGGAGCAAAGGUUUACUAAUGAAGGAAGACCAUAUUUUGUUGACCAUAACACAAGAACUACUACUUGGGUUGAUCCUAGAAGACAACAAUAUAUUCGUACGUUCGGUCCAAAUACUACCAUACAGCAGCAACCAGUUAGUCAACUAGGACCUUUGCCUUCUGGUUGGGAAAUGAGAUUGACCAACACUGCUAGAGUUUACUUUGUUGACCAUAACACUAAAACCACUACAUGGGAUGAUCCAAGAUUACCUUCGUCUUUAGACCAGAAUGUUCCACAGUACAAGCGUGAUUUUAGAAGGAAGGUGAUAUACUUCAGAUCUCAACCUGCUUUGAGAAUUUUGCCAGGUCAAUGCCAUAUUAAAGUGAGGAGAGAUCACAUAUUUGAAGAUUCCUAUCAAGAGAUAAUGAGGCAAACCCCUGAGGACUUAAAGAAGAGAUUGAUGAUUAAAUUCGAUGGUGAAGAAGGAUUAGAUUAUGGUGGAGUGUCAAGAGAAUUUUUCUUCUUAUUGUCUCAUGAUAUGUUUAAUCCCUUUUAUUGUCUCUUUGAAUAUUCAUCUCAUGAUAACUAUACAUUGCAGAUAAACCCGAAUUCAGGAAUCAACCCAGAGCAUUUAAAUUAUUUCAAAUUUAUUGGCAGAGUUGUUGGAUUGGGUGUCUUCCACAGAAGAUUCUUAGAUGCGUUCUUUGUCGGCGCUUUGUAUAAAAUGAUGCUUAACAAGAAAGUUGUGUUGCAAGAUAUGGAGGGAGUUGACGCAGAGUUUUAUCGGUCAUUGAAAUGGAUUUUGGAUAACGACAUCACAGGUGUUCUUGAUCUUACCUUUAGUGCUGAGGAUGAGAGAUUUGGAGAAAUAGUUGAAGUAGAUUUGAAGCCCGGUGGGAAAGAUAUCGAAGUAACAGAAGAAAAUAAACGUGAAUACGUUGAAUUAAUUUCUGAGUGGAAAAUAUCAAAGAGAGUCGAAGAACAGUUCAAAGCAUUCAUAGAUGGCUUUAAUGAAUUGAUUCCACAAGAAUUAGUAAACGUCUUCGAUGAAAGGGAGCUAGAGUUGUUAAUAGGUGGUUUGGCUGAGAUCGAUGUUGAUGAUUGGAAGAAACAUACUGAUUACAGAGGCUACCAAGAAAGCGAUCAAGUCAUACAGUGGUUCUGGAGAUGUAUCAAGGAAUGGGAUUCUGAGCAAAAGGCCAGGUUAUUGCAAUUUACUACGGGUACUUCUAGAAUACCAGUCAAUGGAUUUAAAGAUUUGCAAGGUUCUGAUGGACCGAGAAGGUUUACCAUCGAAAAAGCUGGUGAACCAAAUCAAUUACCUAAGUCCCACACAUGUUUCAAUAGAGUUGAUUUACCACCAUAUACGACUUAUGAAAGCUUAAAGCAGAAAUUGACACUUGCAGUAGAAGAAACUGUUGGUUUUGGUCAAGAGUAG